GUUUCUAUGUGCCACACAGCUAGACCUGGGCUGCGGCACCGAUCUUACCAAAAAUAACGAAACCGGUCUUGGUGCACAUGUCUGUGCUGCUCCCGUCCCCCGCGCCCUCCGAUGGUUUACUCUGUACCCCUUGUCAAAUUGUCACCCCUCCAGGAUGCCUCUUAUCGAACCCUCUCUCCUUUCGGUAUUUCAUUCGGUCGAUGCCACUCGAAUCUCUCCGCCCUCGACUCGUCGACGACAAACCAUUACGCCAUGUGCAGUCUUGUUGGUGUUGAGACCGAAGUAAUCUGAGUUCACAGGCUGAACCGAGUAGGAAGGUGAUCGAUUUGCUUGUCGGCCUUCAAAGGGGCCAGCCAGACAUCAUGAGGAUUGCUUGCUUGCAGUUUAGUCCCCAAGUCGGCGAUGUUGACGAUAAUUUGAACCGCGCCGAUGCGGUUCUGGACCGUGUAGACCCGGAGGAACUCGAUAGUCUCGAUCUACUCGUCCUCCCGGAGCUCGCCUUCACUGGCUACAACUUCAAGUCACUCCAGGACAUUGCCCCCUUCCUGGAAGAAGUCGGGUCAGGCAUCAGUUCGCUGUGGGCGCAGACGACCGCCCUCAAGCACGACUGCACCGUCGUUGUCGGCUACCCCGAGAAGGUCGACGUCUCGGAAAAGUGGCCGGCAUCUCCCGGAUGCUACAACUCAGCCGUCAUCGUCAAUGGCGAGGGCGAUACGGUCGGCAACUACAGGAAGUCCUUCCUCUAUUACACCGAUGAGACCUGGGCUCUAGAGGGCGCAAAUGGCUUCUUUGAAGGCGAGAUACCCAAGCUCGGAAGUGUCGCGUUGGGUAUCUGUACCGAUCUCAACCCCUACAAACUCGAAGCUCCCUGGGACGCCUUUGAGUUUGGCUUCCACAUCUUAAAAUCAGAGGCGAACCUUGUAAUUAUGUCCAUGGCCUGGCAGACGCACCACGACCGCAGUGUCUUCAAUUUCAACCCGGCCGAACCGGACCUCGAGACACUCGUCUACUGGGUUCAGCGGCUCGAGCCCCUGAUCCGUGCCGACACGGAGGAAGAAAUCAUCGUCGUCUUUUGCAACAGAGCCGGCUCCGAGGAGGAAGUUACAUAUACGGGUACCAGCGCUGUUAUUGGCAUCAGGCGAGGCGAGGUUUUUGUCUACGGCGUCCUUGGGCGCGGAGUGGACGAGCUGCUCAUUGUCGACACGGACCAGCCGCCCAUGAGCAAGCUCACGGAUGCCGAUGCCGUUGCGGGGGACGAGGAAGCUGUUGCAGAGGAGAAGAAGGCUCCAGACACGGAGAUCAAAGGCGGCUUGCCGGCGCCCCCAAUUCCGGAAAACCGUCACUCAAGAGAGAGCGAAGUGACUCCGCGUCAUCUCGCGAGCCCAGGACUCUCGAGUCCCCGGCAGCCUACCUCUCCCAGGCUGCCUUGGUUGGCACAACCCACUCAGCCUGGAGAGACGCCCACCGACAACCGCUCUCCAACCCGCCUACAGAUCCCCACCAGACCGCCGGCCGACGAAGUAUACACUGCCAUAGACACCGCCUUCACGGACGACAACAUCAUAAUUGACACUCCUGCCAUGGCGCAUACCCCGGCUUUUGCACGACGGCUGCAGCGCCCCACGUUGACCAUCCCGGCGUCGCCUGGAUGGCGGUUUCCCAGCAAGCAGAGCCCGUACCCGUGGCAGCACCACGACGGAUCCCACUCGUCGGUGUUCGGUGCGGGCGCUACCAUGACGCCCAUCACGCCGUUCGACGAGGACGGCUGGAGUUCGACGCCGAUCGACCAGAAGGCGCCGCCGCAAUGGUUCUGGAGACAUGAGCCGACACUCUCAGCACUGAAAGAGUCGGCCGUGGAGGAAGAAGAGAAGGAAAACGGGUCAGAUUCGCCACAGCAUGUUGCCCUUCCCUCAGCUCAGGAAAGGAAACAGGACGCAUCUGAUGCCAGGACCCAUGAAUCAUCUGACUAUCACACAAGAGCUCAACAAGCAGAACCAGAAGAGCGUGUUAUGGAUUGGAAGACGCAAGAAGGAGGAGAAGAUGUAAGAGAAGAAGGACAAGACCCGGCAGAAGAACGCACCGCACUGAAAAAUGACUGGGCCGACUUAGCGCAUGUGCUCGAAGGGCUCAGAGCGCGGCCCGGUUCGGUCCUAGACGUUAGCUCCUCGCCCGACGACAGGCCCAGCUCGCCCAAGUCGCGUAACGUGUCUCGGUCCUCGAGCCCUUUUCGGUCCCUGGAGCGGUGGGGGCCGAGGUACGGAGGGCAGGAACACGACAACGCCUCCGGCGGUCCCGGCGGGCCAGCAGACGGCGAAGCGGCAAGACCACAUCAAGGACCGCGUCAGUGGCAACGGCAGCGGCAGCGGCAGCCGUCCCGCCUGCGUCACGUAGUAUCUCGCGACGUCGCGGAUGCAGCCAGCUCCCGUGACAUGGAUGACACCACUCCACCGCUGUCGAUCGAUCCUGCUGCAGCAGCAGCAGCAGCAGGAGAAGCAAGGGGAGGGGAACGGGGAGGGAAACGAGGAGGAGUAGAAACUGGGACAGACGGCAUCCCAAUCCAGGACGCCACGACGACGCCCAGUCUGUGCUCCGCGACCUCAGCAACAUCGACGUCGACGUUUAGCGACGACGUGGUAGAGCCUCGUGAUCCUGUCGUCUUUGUCCGGGACGGCGGGGACAGUACUGGCAGCGAUAGCGUCGCCGAUGCUGCGGUCCUGCCUCCUGGUUUGGUGGCAGCCGUGGAGGGGGGAGGCAAGGGAGCUGCGGAUCCCGGGGCGAAUGGGUCGCUUGAGAUGGAGGGCGGAAGCGCGGGGCUGGAGAUCGGCCGACCAGCAGUCCAUGGCUGACGUUGAUGGUCUGAUUUCGGGAGGAUGGAUGACGGAUGGGCAGACAGAUAGAUGGUAGGUUGACGGGCGGGAAAUAAGGGGUAGGAAUAUUCGAUCGAAGUUGGAACGUCCAAAAGAAAGCCCAUGUAUCACAAGAGGUAGGGUUCGGUUUCCAUUACUUGUGAUCUUAACGAUGCGACAUAGCCAUACGUAGAUUGUUUUUUUGGUCUUCUUUACGAGCCACUACUACUUAGUUCGUGAUAUCACCUCUGUGACCAUAGCUUUGCACAUGUAAUGCUGUUUUUCGGGGUGUGAGUUUGCGGCCAAAGGGAGAGGAGGGAAGGGGAAGGUUGGUAGGCUAGUAGGUCGUGUGCUCUAUUUACACUCAACACCUCGUUAUUAGUGUUUCUCCAC